CUCUUUCACACACACACACACACCUAAAAACACACACACACCACUCCUCACUCCUGGCAGAGGGAAGACAGGACCACAGAAGAUCUGUUGCACACCUUUACGAGCAGAUAAUCACCCAAUCAUCGCUUUUGCCAGGAUGUGGACACUUCUCUUGGGGGUCACCCUUGGAUUACUGACCUCGUCCAGGUCAGAGCUACAUCAAGUAAACUCCCGGAGCUGCAGCUAUGCUCGGGUUUUUCUGGUAGAAGGAGCAAGCCGUCACUCCCUGAGUCUUCCCGUGGCUCACGAGGUGUGUGCGCAGCUUAAGACCACUUUGGCGAGUCCAGAACAAGUGGAGGAGGCCUAUCUUAACAAUAUGGAAACCUGCAGGAAUGGCUGGAUGACCAAUGGCAGCAUCGCCAUCCUCAGACACUCGCACCAUGAAAACUGUGCAAAGAACACGACUGGGCUCAUUAUUAACUUACAUAUAAGCCCUGACAAUCUCUUCGAUGCCUACUGCUAUGAUGACAAAGUUGGGCCUGAGCUUAACUGUGAGGAAGCCUUUCGAUCAGGUUAGUACAAUAUGCACAUUCGCUCUC